GUCCCACUGUGAUUGUACACUGAACUUCUUAAACACUUCCUGCCAGCAAUUUGAAGACUUCAGGAUGCUGCUGAUAAUAUAUCAUCUCUUCAUUGCUGGGUUUUCAUCAACAUUUCAUGUAAAAUUUUAUGUUAAUAUGAUUGCAGGAAGAAGACAUAUCCAGAAAAUAACCAUGGCAGUGAACUCCAGAGAGAAAACUAUAACCUGGAAUGAAAUCGACAAACUUCUAUAUUUCUUUUAUGAAGAAACGACAUCUUUAAUUCCUGAUCUUUGGGAACAAAAGUCAAAAUCAAAUAAUGAGGUGUCUCUUACUCAUUGUUUCUAUUUGGGAUUGAGUCAAUUAUUAGCAAAAAUCCAUUCCAAACAUGUAAAAAUUGAUUCCAAUCAAGAUGAUGACCACCUUAAUAACAUUCUGUCUGAUAUCAUUGGUAAUUUCCCUGAAGUAAAAGUCAGUAUUAUGGCACAAGAUAAUAAUAUUCUACUCGAGAGUUUAGUUAAGGAACAACUUGACCUUUGUGAGAAUUUUGUUCAUUUACAAUUAUCCGGAGUAGGACCUCCAAGAUUUCAACCUGAGGCUUUCACACAAAUAUCAGGUGCUUCAGGCAAUGACAUUUUAAACAUUAAUGAGCAAGACCAAGUUGUUGCAUCUUUCCAUCUACCAUGCAAGCUGAAACUGGACAUUUAUUCUGAAAAUGUAAAUAUGUGUGAUGUUGGUGCUGUCAUAACAGUUCAGAAUCAUGGAAACUACAAUGAAGAUGUGAUGGCAGUGUGCAAUAACGACUCAAAGUACUUACUCUGUGUCAAAGAACCAAGUAGAGACAUCUAUUCUGGUGAUCAAAAUAGCAUCCAAAAAUAUGUUGCUAACAUAUUUUACCAAUGUUUUGAUAAAGCUGUGUAUUUAAAGAUUAAGUCAGUGGCCACCACAUUGAUUUUUACAGGUCAACUUGGCAUCCCUAUGGACACUGUUCUAUUCUCCAUUGUACAAGCAUUGAACCAGUUUAUGGAUAAACAAGUAACAGAGAGCUGUCUCAAGGAAAUACACAUUGUUGAUUAUUCUCCUGAAACUUGUAAAGUCAUGGAACAGUUCCUCACUAUAUACUGGCCAAAGAAAAUAUCACCAAGAAAAACUUACCAGCCACACUCAAUAAAUAGGGUCCCAAGAUUCCAAAAUACUUCAGUGAAUCCAGCUGUCCAGAGUUUGGAUUAUUCCACACAUCAGCUAAACAACCUUAGUUUGCAUGGAAACCGCAGGAAAAGUGACAAGCCAUACUCAAUAAAUAGGAACCCAAGAAGAUACCAAAAUGCUUCAGUGAAUUCCACUGGCCGAAGUUUGGAUAACGUCACACAUCAGCUAAACAACCUUAGUUUGCAUGGAAACCGCAGGUCAGUGGCAACUCCUAAAGGGUUAAGAAACAGAAAUGUGAAUACUUCUGGGGAACGCAGUGAUCAAAAUCAAGAAUGUCAAAUUUGUUUCCAGACAUUAACAUUUAAAAAGACACUGAAAUGCAAGCAUAGUUUUUGUCAACAUUGUUUAGACACCUGGUUACACAUCAAGAAAUCUUGUCCUUUAUGUCGUGCACCAGUAUAAUAAACUAUACAAGAAUUGGUCCUGAAAUACUUGCAUACUUCUAUCUAUAAGUUUGUGAUUAAUAAAUAUGUCAAUAUUUA